CACCGCCGAAAUGGGUCACUCGCACGGUUUGAGAGCCGGCACUCGGUAUGCCUUCAGCCGCAACUUCAAGGAGAAGGGUCAGAUCGCCCUGUCGACCUACCUGAAGACCUACCGGGUUGGCGACAUCGUCGAUGUCAAGGUUAACGGUGCCGUUCAGAAGGGUAUGCCCUACAAGGUCUACAACGGAAAGACCGGUGUUGUCUACAACGUCACCAAGUCCUCCGUCGGUGUCCUCCUCUACAAGGUCGUCGGCAACCGCUACAUGGAGAAGCGCAUCAACGUCCGCAUCGAGCACGUCAAGCACUCCCGUUCCCGCGAGGACUUCAUCAAGCGCGUCAAGCUGAACGCCGAGAAGAAGCGCCAGGCCAAGGAGCAGGGUGUCCACCUCCACCUUAAGCGCCAGCCCGUCGGCCCCCGCGAGGCUCACACCGUUGAGGGUUCCGCCCCCGAGACUAUCACCCCCAUCCCCUACGACACCCACAUUUAAACGAAUGAUAUCUGGUCGUUUGCGGUUGCUUGGUGUUUCUGGGUUUUGCAUCUGGGGGUUAACCUUUGCAUUAAGAUGAGAUGAAGCAGGGUUCCCGGGUGUACUAGCACACCUUGAUCUUGUGCAUAGAUUCCCCUGAAUGAAAG